CUUAAUCUUAAUUUAAUAUAAUUUAUGAAUCAUGUUGCGUAUAUACAAAUGGCACAGUGAGUUACGUGGGAUUGGCAGAAUUUUUUAUUCCCACAAGCCGCCAGCCCCAGUCAAAGAUAUUGGCCCACGAAGAGUUUUCAAAGUAUAUCGUUUUGAAGGAAUCGACAGUAGAAAAGAACCGACUAUCCAAACGUUCGAUGUGGACGUCAGUACUUGCGGUAAAAUGGUUUUAGAUGCAAUGAUUAAAAUAAAAGAUAUGGACCCGACAUUUUCUUUCCGACGCUCCUGCAGAGAAGGUAUUUGUGGGUCUUGCGCUGUGAACUUACAAGGCAGGAACUGUCUCGCUUGUAUCACACUAAUACCACAGAGUAAAGUGGUUAACUUGUAUCCUAUUCCACAUAUGUAUGUGAUGAGAGAUCUUAUUGUGGAUAUGACUCACUUCUUCAAUGGUUACAACAGUAUCCGUCCUUAUAUUAUUAGGAAAACUCAAGGACCUAUCGGACAAUAUCAGUAUGCACAAAGCAUGAGAGAUAAUUUAAAGAUGAUUGGUUUGUAUGAAUGCGUGUUGUGUUCUUGUUGUGCGACUGCUUGUCCAAGUUACUGGUGGAACGGACGAAGGUUUUUAGGACCGGCGUCUUUAUUGCAUGCUUACCGAUGGAUCAUAGAUUCUAGAGACGAAGAUACCGAACAAAGACUUAAAGAUUUGCGCGACGAUUUCAAGGCCUUUAGGUGUCACACUAUUAUGAACUGUACGUUAGACUGUCCGAAAGGUCUACAUCCAGCGCAGGCGAUAGCGAAGCUCAAGCUAUUAAUUUCGGGAUUACAAAAGAAAGAGAACCCAGAUAUGGAUCCAUCGAGGUUCGCGAGCUCUGGAGAUUGGACGCAAAAAUGUAAAAUUAAAUGA